UUCUUCCCAUUAUGCAGCAGUGAAAGGUUUGGACUCUCUUUCCUAUUUAAAAAGUGGUAAUCCUAACUGAAAGUGCUGCUUUUUCCAGGUUUCUAAGUUGUCUGGUGUCGUGCCAGAUUGUCAGGGAAAAGUUUAUAUUAUUUGCUACUGCUUCAGGUAUAGCAAGUUUCUAAGGGAAGCAGGUUAUAGGAAAGUGAGAUAAUGGACAAUCUUAGGGAUUCUGUGUCACGUCUGCAGGAUGAAGUGAUUUGUACCAUCUGUCUGGAGUACUACACAGAUCCUGUUAUUUUAAAUUGUGGGCAUAACUUCUGCCAAAGCUGUGUGGUGCAGUACUUGGAGGACCUAAGCCCAAAUGUCAUCUGCCCCCAGUGCGAAGAAGCUAUUCAGGAAAAGAGCUUCAAGCCAAACAAGCAAUUGUCAAAUGUGGCUGAAAUCUUCAAGCAGUUGAGUUGCCAAGCGCAGAAGGAAGCUGGGGGGCCAAAGGAGAGGCUGUGCAAGAAACAUCUGGAGCCUCUGAAACUCUUCUGUGAAGAGGAUGAAGCCCUUAUCUGUGUGGUCUGCAGAGAAUCCCAGCAUCACAGUACUCACCGUGUCAGUCCAACGGAGGAGGCUGCCAAGGAACAUAAGGGCCGGAUUUCAAGCCUUCUGGAGGCUAUCAAAGAGGCAAGAGAAAAAACUGUGGGAUUCAUAUCCAGCAAAAAAGAGGAAAGUGAGGAGCUGUUGAGGCAGGCAAAAACUGAUAUGCAGACUGUGGUGGCUGAGUUUAAAGAACUGCACCAGUUCUUGGAGGAACAGGAGCGCCUCUUCCUGGCCCGGGUAGAGAAGGUGAACAAGGAGGUUGUGAAGAAGAGAGAGAAGCAUGUUGCUGAGCUCUCUGAGGAAAUCUCCUCUUGCGAUAGCUUCAUCCAGGAGAUAGAGGAGAAAUGUAAGCAACCAGCUGAGGAAUUCCUACAGGACAUUAAAAGCAUCUCGCAGAGAUGUAAGGAAAAGGAGCAAAAGAAGGUGGAGAACCCUAUAGCUUUCCGUCCAGGUCUGAAGCAUAAAAUCCAGGACAUCUCUUAUCAGAUUCCUUCUAUGAAGCGUAUCGUGCAGCAUUUCAGAGCCAGCCUGACAUCUACAUGCCAGAUGAAUAGAACAGAUAACUUGACCCUGGACCCAGAGACAGCUCAUCCGGUACUCCAUCUGACUGAGAAUCGGAAACAUGUGCAAUGGAAUACUAAAUGGAUGAUGCUGCCCACCAGCUCUCUAAGAUUUGCUACAGAGGCAUGUGUGCUGGGCUCUGAUGGAUUUGCCUCGGGGAAACAUUCCUGGGGAGUGGAGAUUGAGGAGGAGGAAGGGGGCUGGGCUGUGGGUGUUGCCAAAGAGUCUAUCAACAGAAAAGGGAUAUUUAGGAUAAGUACUGAAGAAGGAAUAUGGGCUUUACAGGAUAAUGGAACUGCAUACUCCACUUCACCUUCUCCUUUUCAGGUCAUUAUAAAACUGAUGAGGAAGCCAAGAAGGAUUCUGGUGUUUCUGGAUUAUGAACAAGGGCAAGUGGCAUUUUCUGAUGCCGAGACCAAUACAAUGCUUUUCAUUUUCCCCCAAGUCUCUUUCUCUGGGGAGAAAAUGUAUCCUUGGUUCAAAGUGGGGCAUGGAUCCAUACUCAGGCUCUGGACCUGAGAUGUGGCGGAAGGUAAAGCAGUAAGGAGGGAGACCUGGCUACUUUUAACUUAUACCAUCUCCUGGGAUCUGAUCCCUUCUAGGACACAUAUGCAGCUGCUGAGCACAAGGCAGAAAAACAAUUCUGACACAAUCUCAUUUGAAAAUCGAAUGGAACUUCGUAGCAAAAGAGUCUUGCUAAUAUCAACAGCAUUGAGGACAGGGCUACACACAGUGAGGUAAUCAUGAGGUUUCCAAAUCUUAGUCUUGCCUUGUAAUACUAACCUGAGACAUUUUCAGGGGCAAAUUGAUGGAAGGUCCUCUUAAUCCUGUUUAGGGGAUUUGCAUGGAAAUGUUUCCCUGUUGUGGAAUUUCAAGCAUUCAUAUGGCAAACUAAUAAGUAUUCAUCUGGAUAUUGCAAGGCUGGCUUUUAUAAUGUUGUUAUUUAAUAUAGUAUAAUGGAUUAUGCUGAUAUACUGUGUUCAUAACCUAAAUUUUAAUGUGAAUAAAGUUUGGUUUUAAUUUCU